AGUCGUCUCCAGUAACUAAGCGGUUUCGGUCGUGUUGAAAGGCUAAGGUUUCCCAUCGAAGUAAAAUGAAUUGACAAAUAAAUUAAUUAAAUAAUUUUAUAUAAAAUUAUAAUUAACAUUUUUUUUUUGUGUUAAUAUAUAUUCAACAAAAUAUGUUUAAUUUAAUGAGAGAAAAUAAUUCUAGUGGAUUUAUGAUGAAGCCAAUGAACCCUGGAACUCCAAAUGAAGAUGGUGUAACAUUAUCAUGGAAAGAUUUAUCAAUUUAUGCAACUGAUAAAAAUAAAAAUAUUUAUAAACAACUCAUAAAUAAUGUGAGGGGUGUUGUUAAACCAGGUGAUUUAACAGCAAUUUUGGGAGGAAGUGGAGCUGGAAAAAGUUCAUUAAUGACAGCACUAGCUUUUCGUCCAGCUCCUGGAAUGAUUGUUCAUGGUGAUAUAUCAGUUAAUGGAUUAUGUGUUAAUUCAUCGUACAUGCAACAUCAUACUGGCUACAUGCAUCAAGAUGAUAUAUUUAUUGGAACAAUGACAGUGAUGGAACACUUGUGGUUCAUGGCAAGAAUGAAGCUAGAUAGACGAAUGAAAAAUUAUGAAAUUUGUGAUAGAAUUGAUAAUUUACUUCGUCAAGUUGGUUUAUUUCAUCGAACAAGUGUUACAAUUGGUAGUAAUGGUGGUGAUGAUAAGGUUUUAUCUGGUGGUGAAAAAAAAAGACUGGCAUUUAUUACUGAGUUAUUAACUGAUCCAAAAAUAUUAUUUUUGGAUGAACCAACAACUGGACAAGAUUCUUAUUCAGCAAGUGUACUCAUAUCACAAUUAACAUCAUUUGCAUCUCGUGGAAAAACUGUAUUAUGCACAAUUCAUCAACCAAGCUCAUCAAUAUUUGAUAAAUUUCAUAGAAUUAUUUUAGUUGCUGAUGGUAGAAUUGCAUUUGCUGGUACUAGAGAUCAAGCUCUUCAAUUUUUUGCCAAACAAGGCUACAAGUGUCCUAGUAAUUUUAAUCCAGCUGAUUAUUUUGUUGCAACACUGGCUAUUGCGCCAAGAGAUGAAGACAGCAGUCGUAGAACAGCUCAAAGAAUUUGUGAUGCAUUUUUAACAAGUGAUUCAUGCAAGGAAAUUGAUGUUACAUUACAGCUGGAAGUUCACAUGUCGAAAUCUUAUGAUUGGAGAGUUGAUCAUUCAAGAACUCGAGAUUUCAAACAUCCUAGAUGGUGGACAAGAUUAUUUUGGCUAACACAUCGUGGUUUUGUUCAAGUAAUUCGUGAUCAAUCAGUUCAAAUUUUAAGAAUACUACAAAAAACAUGUGUUGCAAUUAUGGCUGGAUUAUGUUUUGUAGCAGCUGUUAAUUUAGAUCAAUAUGGUAUACAAGCUGUUCAAGGUGUAAUAUUUAUACUUGUUGCUGAAAAUACAUUUUCUCCAAUGUAUGCAACGCUCUCAUUAUUUCCACAAGAACUGCCAUUAUUUUUACGAGAAUAUAGAGCUGGAAUGUAUUCAACUCAUCUCUAUUACAUCUCUAGAAUUAUUUCACUGACACCUGGACUUGUACUGGAGCCAAUGAUUUUUACGAUAAUUAUUUACUGGUUAGCAGGUCUAAGAAAUUCAUUUGAAUCAUUUUUGUUAACAUUAUUGGUGACAGUAUUUACUAUGAAUGUAUCAUCAGCUUGUGGUUGUUUUUUUUCUGCUGCAUUUGAGACAGUACCAUUGGCAAUGGCUUAUCUUGUACCGUUUGAUUAUUUAUUGAUGAUUACCAUGGGACCAUUUGCUAAAUUAAGCUCUUUACCAAUUUAUAUCAAUUGGAUAAAAUAUAUUUCUUGGUUGUUGCAUUCAACUGAAGCAAUAACUAUUCUUCAAUGGCAAGGAAUUCAUAACAUUUCAUGUGGAACCAGCCAGUCCGAACUCCCUUGUGUAACAGAUGGCUCAGAAGUCAUUGACAUUUAUGAUUUUGAUGAGGAUAAUUUUUGGAGUGAUAUCAUAUCAAUGGCUAUUAUUUACGCGUCAUUUCAUGUACUUGGUUAUUUUUUUCUUUGGCGUAGAUGUCGAGCUAAGUAAUGAUAUAUAUUACUUGAGAAAAAAAAAAUAAAAAUUAUACACAUUUUUUAAUUGUUUUAUACAAGAAGAAAAAAAAAACGAAUCAUCAAUUAGACUUUUUAUUGGAUUGUAUUUAAUGUUGUUUUUUUAAAUAAAAUUUUGUACAAUGGUGUUGUUUACAUAUGAAAAGUAUAAUCUUAAGAAUACUCUGCUUAGAAAUAUUUUUUUUGUAACAAUUAUAUUUCUUGUGUUGAUGAUAUUCAAUUCGUUUUGGAAGAAUACGUGAAGUAUUGAAUUUACGGUACAGCAAAAAUGGAAGCAUUUGAUUUGAAAUUAUUAUUUUUUUUUCAAUAAAUCAUUGUAACUGCAC